AUGGCUGCUUUGGGACACACAUUCCCCUUCUACGCUGGCCCCGAGCCGAACUUCCCAAUGGUCACCACCUUGGCCGUCAUCAUCACCAUCUUUAUGACUUCACUGGUCACCUUCAUCAUCAUCCUGCCAGGCAUUCGGGGCAAGAUGAGGCUGUUCCGGAUCCUGCGAGUAGUGACCAGCUUAUUCAUUGGAGCUGUGAUCCUGGCCAUGAAUUUCAGUUCUGAGUGGUCUGUGGGCCAGGUCAGCACCAACACAUCAUACAAGGCCUUCAGUUCGGAAUGCAUCAGCACCGCUGUUGGGCUGCUGCAGAUUGGGCUGGGAGGAGUCAACAUCACGCUCACAGGGACCCCAAUGCAGCAGCUGAAUGAGACCGGCUAUUACAACAAGGAGUCCACCUGGCGCCUGGGGGAGAACUAUGCCGAGGAGUAUGCCAAGGCAUUGGAGAAGGGGCUGCCAGACCCCGUGCUCUACCUGGCCGAGAAGUUCACCCCACACAGCCCGUGUGGCCUGCAUGGCCAGUACCGCCUGGCGGGACACUACACCCCGGCCACACUGUGGGUGGCAUUCCUCUGCUGGCCUGUGAUGCUGUCCAUGCCUGUGCUGGUCUACGGUGGCCACGUGCUGCUGGCCACGGGUGUCUUCCAGCUGUUGGGACUGCUCUUCUUCUCCACGGCCAUGUCACUCACCCUGCCCUGUCCCCUACGCUUGGGCACUGCCACACUGCACACUCACCGUGGGCCUGCCUACUGGAUCACAUUGACCACAGGCCUGCUCUGUGUGCUGCUGGGCCUGGCCAUGGUGGUGGCCCACAGGCUGCAGGCUUUCUUCAGCACUGUGGGAAAGGACCCUGUCCUGGAGUGGGAUCCUGAGGAAGGGGGACUCCUGAGCCCUCGCUACAGGUCCACAGCUGAGAGUCUCGAGCCCCAGGACAUUCCUCUGUCAGAGGCUUCCUCUGAGGUGCCCUGUGAGGAGUCUGACUUGCCCUGGAAAGUUCAUCUCCCUGCGCAGUGCCCUCCCGGAGCUCCCCAGGCCCGGUGGGCACUGCUCCCCGGCCUGCGGGGGACCAAGGCAGAGUAG